GGAUUGUCAUGUGGUAACGCUGCAAGAGUUACACUUUUGUCGCAGACACUGCCACGUCACUCUGCAUCGUGACUCGCUCUAGUUCUGCCAAACCAGCCACUAGGCGCGCUGCCUGCAAAGCUAGGAAGGCGAAUCCGGAUCACUGAUCAGCGCGUCUGUGCACCAGCUUGCUAACAGGAACAUCAGGAUUCGGAAGUUCAAGCACAGAAGCUUUGACAGCGCGUGUUCCUCUGCAAGUGGAGUGCUAGAUCAGAUCUUUCGUUUCGGGACUGUGAGGAUCGAACAACUCUGGGGGCAGCAUGGGGGACAAUAUUGAUUGGUCGAAAGCCCCAGCAGGCGAUUCAACAGCAGGUGGAAAGACUUUUAAGACCAAGUGUGCGCAGUGUCACGUCGCUGAGAAAGGUGGAGGUCACAAGCAAGGCCCAAAUCUAGGAGGCCUGUUCGGCAGAACUUCUGGCACAGCAGCUGGCUACUCUUACUCAGCUGCCAACAAGAGCAAGGCUGUGGAGUGGAAAGAGGAAACACUUUACGAGUAUCUGUUGAAUCCAAAGAAGUACAUCCCAGGCACAAAAAUGGUGUUUCCAGGACUCAAGAAGCCAAAGGAUAGAGCAGAUCUGAUUGCGUACUUGAAGGAGGCAACUGCAUAGGCAUGUUGAUCUGCCCAGCAGCACGGAGCAUGCAAACAGAAUCCAUUGAUUCAUUAUUGGCACGUGCGGUAGAUGAUGCUAUUGACAUACCUUCUUCAAAGGUGCAUCUAAUCAGGGCUUCUCAGUAGAUUGUGAGGCUGCAUAUAUUUGAUAGACUAUAUUCUCAAGGAGCAAAGAGACUGUGAUUGCAUGCUGUUAUGCCUAUAGCCAGGGUCGAGCAGCUACGGCAUGAUUAUUUCUUCUCCGUCACAAUUGGAGCUUGCAAUAAUGCUGGCACCUGCGAACUUAGGUUGGUUCAGGCAAUCUGCGAAAAGUGGUGAACCCAGCGAUGUUGAAUUGUGCAAGUUGCUUACCUUGCCGUUUGUAUAGUAGCUCGUCUUGCAUCUUUAGUAAGUUGACAGC